CUGGAAAUAUCACCACCUUUAGGGAGGAAGGCUUAGCCAAUGUUUCCACUCUGCUUGUGAACGAAGAAACCAAUACCCUGUUUGUUGGAGGCAGAGAGGCAGUGUUUGCUCUUGACUUGAAUAAUAUUUCUAGAGAAACAGCCAGGAUAAGAUGCCAGAACUACAUCCUCUUCCUCCAUAAGAUAAAUGCCUCUUACUUGUAUGUCUGUGGAACCAACGCCUAUCACCCAACUUGUGAUUACAUGGUUAUCCAUGGGACAAACAUCAGCUUGCAAGGAAGAGCUGAGGAGAGCAGAGGAAGGUGUCCCUUUGAACCAACUCAGAAGUAUGCGUCUGUUUUUGUAGAUGGGGAAUUUUACUCAGCUACUUCAAAUAAUUUCUUGGGAACAGAACCUAUAAUACUUCGCAGCAUGAGAAAUCCUGUAAGGACAGAGUUUAAAACAUCAUGGCUAAAUGAACCAAGCUUUGUCAGCAUGGAAAUAGUGCACGAAAGUGAAUCUAAUCCAGAGGGAGAUGAUGACAAAAUUUAUGUCUUCUUCACUGAAACAGCUGUUGAAUUUGAAUUCUAUGACAAGCUGCUGGUGUCCAGAAUUGCCCGUGUCUGCAGAGGAGAUCUUGGUGGAAAACGUGUCUUGCAGAGAAGAUGGACAUCGUUUCUAAAGUCCCGCCUUUCCUGUUCCGUUCCAGAAUUAAACUUCCAUUUCAAUAUUGUCCAGGACAUCUUUUUACUUAGGAGAAGGAGGUGGCAGGACAGCAUAUUUUAUGGAAUUUUUUCCCAGCAAUGGGGAAGAUUAGACAUAUCAGCUGUUUGUGCCUACAGUAUGAAAACUAUUCAGGAAGUCUUCUCCAAAGGAAGCUACAAAGGACCAGUAACUGUAGAGCAUUCCCCUGUUAAGUGGAUGGUUUAUAGGGGAGAAGUGCCAGUUCCACGUCCUGGUGCUUGCAUAGAUAACUCUGCCCGGAGUAUGGGCUAUAACACGUCUACUGACUUGCCUGACAAAGUCCUGCAGUUUGUUAGAGAUCACCCUCUAAUGGAUGAUUCUGUAAAUCCAAUUGGUGACAGCCCAGUGCUGCUGAGGAGAGGCUCAAACUACACCAGGAUCGUGGUAGACAGAGUCACUGGCCUCGAUCAGCAAACGUACGAUGUUAUGUUUCUGGGAACAGAUGAUGGAUAUUUGCAUAAAGCUCUCAAUUGUGAUGGGGAAAUGUUCAUUGUGGAAGAGCUGCAGCUGUUUCUGGCUCCGGAGCCUGUACAGUCUCUCCAGUUGUCUUCUGAAAAGGGAAUGCUCUAUGGAGGGUCCCAGUCUCAAGUGGUGCAGCUUCCAGUCUGCCAGUGCCACCGCUACAGGUACUGCAUGGAUUGCAUCCUGGCAAGGGAUCCCUACUGCGCCUGGGCUCCGGCUGCUCACGGAUGUGUCUCCCUGGCAGAGCAAACUGCUCCUCCAAUAUCAGAGAAACCAGCCCAGACCCCACCGGUAGAGCUGGCUCGGAAAGCCCAGCACUGGCUGCAGCGGGGCCGGGCUGUGGAGGGAGGAGUUCAGACACACAAACGGGUGGGCCAUGAAUCCCUGCUCGGGAGCUCGCUGUGA